AUGCCUCCAAUUUCAAGCCGUGCUCGUCAAUUAAAAAAAGCUCAUGAAAUGCAGGCUAAAAUUAGAGAGCCACCACAAAAUUGGUUAACAGUAUCAACAUUGCGUACUUGGCAUCAAGACAUUUCUAAAUUACAUAUUGAUACUCAAACCCAUCAGGCAAUUAAUGCUCUAUCAUUUGGAACCUUAGUUGAUAAAUCAACACGAGAUGAAGCAAAAAACUUUUUUUUAUGCUAUCAAUUUUGGAAUCAAAAGGAUCAAAUACCAGUUGUAAAUGUAGCUCAUCGUGAAGAUAUUUCUAAUUGUAAUGCGAAUACUUUAUCUGAUACUAUUAUAAAAUAUAUACAACAAGAUGGUUUAGAUUUUAUUAAAUGUGCAUUAUAG